CUCGACUCAAACGCAACAGGACCUGUGCGCCGGACCGAUGAGCCGCGUCGCGCGUGGGGGAUCCGAGCCUCUCAUUUGAUUCGUAGCUCGUCACGGGUCUGGUCGUCGCACGGCGGCGGGCCGCUGUUACCACGGUCCGCCGCUAGGAUUCUGGAUUAUGAUCCGGCAUCACUCGAGCGAAGGCACACCAAAGGGCAGACGCCGCCGCGGACGCUAUCGUUCGAGCGCCUUGACCAGUUUCCGGGCGCGGAUCCUUUUUUUCCGCUUUGCCUUCGUCGCCGCGUCCUCGUCGUCGCCCUCCGUCUCCGGCACGUCGGCGGCGGCGGCCUUCUUCGCGUCGUCGCGCAGGCGCUCCUUCGCGCCGCCCUGGAUCGUGGGCGCGUACGAGAGAAAUAUCGCGAAGUCGGCCUUGGCCACGGCGGCCGUCGAGCCCCAAUUCUUCAACCACCACUCCUGCAGGCCCUUCUGGAAGCGCCAGGGCGUCGUCUCCCGGAGCCUCCAGGCGUGGACGUAGGCCACGGCGUCGCUCGCCUUCUGGGCGCGCUGCUGCUCUUCCUUUUGUCGUUUCGCUUCGGCCGCGGCUUUCUUCUUGGCGGCGUUCGCCGCCGCGGCCUCCUCCUCGUUUUGCACGAGCGGCUGGUCGCGCUUCUUGCGCUUCGGUUCCAAUUGGUCGCCGCUCCGCAGGACGCGCUUCUUGAAGUCGCGGCGGCGGUCCUUGCGCGUGCUGGUGGCGUCGGCCAUUUGUGCGUCGUCGCGGCGGCGCGUCGACGCCUGUACGCUGCUGCAGUAGAGCGACGGGUGUCUCUGUUCGUCGGCGUCGCGUCACCCAAGAGCGCUGCAAGUGAGACUGGCUGGUGCUGCUGGUGUUGACGACGCGGGUGACGCCUGAGCUUUUGUGUGCUAUCAGCUGAUGGUCUCAAGCAGCCGAUGAGCUACGCCAAUGCUGUGUAAUCUCGUCGGUGUCGCGUGAGCCUGCCUCACAAAACUGCU